CUCUUAACUCUGUGUAGCAUUCGAGGCAAGUCAGACUACCAGUGUCUCCUCAUUGAUCAGCUCUUCCUCACCCGAGCGCAGCCAAACCUCAGCACAGGAUGUUAAAGUUGCUUAUUUUGUUGAUCUUUGCCAUUGCUGGCCUCAGUGCACUUCCUCUGAGGAAGGCUGGCACAGGUCAUGUGAUGAAUGUAGGGAGGGAGAGGCAUGUGCCCCUGCACAGACCAAUGGAGGUGGGAAUCCCACUGGAGAGGCGGGUAGUUCCAGGUGUUCCUGCAGACAACCGCAGACAGGGAACAGAACCAUCUCGCCGCUUCCUGGUGGACCUACACACAGGCCUGUUGAAGGACUACGUCGGCGAGAUGAGCAGAAGACCAUCAGGCUUCUACGUCCCUCCCCCCAGAGAUGGCUUCAGGCAGGGCACUGAGAACUCCCACGCCACCCUGGUGGACUCAAGGACAGGCCUGCUGCUGCAGUCUGCCUCUGAGAUGAUGAGGGGACACAUCGCAGGUGAGGACACCCACCUUGUCCACUCAGAUGAGUUCAGGGAUGGCAUUGAAUCUUCCUGGUUGGAGGUUAAGGACACACAAGGCAAAGAAACUGUGAAAGAGGAGAAAGAGGUGGUGGCUGUUCCUCUCGUCAAGGGAGGAUGGAUGAGAGACGGUCUUAGUCUGGACCCAAUUCAGUCAUCUGGUUCUGAAGAACUCAACAAACAGGUUCUGAGAGCAGCUCCUGAGGAGAACCGCAGACAGGGCACAGAACCGUCCCGCCGCUUCCUGGUGGACCUGAGGACAGGCCUGUUGAAGGACUACGUUGGCGAGAUGAGGAGGAGACCAUCAGGCUUCUACGUCCCUCCCCCCAGAGAUGGCUUCAGGCAGGGCACUGAGAACUCCCAUGCCACCCUGGUGGACUCAAGGACAGGCCUGCUGCUGCAGUCUGCCUCUGAGAUGAUGAGGGGACACAUCACAGCCACUAUCCCUCUUGUCUUGGACGAGUUCAAGCAUGGCAUUGAAUAUUCCCAGUUUAAAAUAAAGGACGACAGACUGAAUGAAAUUAUGGAGCCAGUCGAUGACACUAUGGAAGGUGAGGUUCAUUAUCCUGCCGAGGAGGUAAAACAUGAUAUUGAUCAGGCCAAAGCAACAGAGCUAAGAGUCAACCCCGUUAACACUGUUAGCCAGGCAAGUGAAGCCUCCAUGGAGAACCGCAGGCAGGGCACAGAACCGUCCCGCCGCUUCCUGGUGGACCUGAGGACAGGCCUGUUGAAGGACUAUGUUGGUGAGAUGAACAGGAGACCAUCAGGCUUCUACGUCCCUCCCCCCAGAGAUGGCUUCAGGCAGGGCACUGAGAACUCCCACGCCACCCUGGUGGACUCAAGGACUGGCCUGCUGCUUCAGUCUGCCUCUGAGAUGAUGAGGGGACACGUAGCAGCCACUAUCCCACUUGUCUUGGACGAGUUCAAGCAUGGCCUUGAAUAUUCCCAGUUUAAAAUAAAGGACGACAGACAAAAUGAAAUCAUGGAGCCAGUCGACAACCCUAUGGAAGUUAGCCAGGCGAGUGAAGCCCCCAUGGAGAACCGCAGGCUGGGCACAGAACCAUCACGCCGCUUCCUGGUGGACCUGAGGACAGGCCUGUUGAAGGACUACGUUGGUGAGAUGAGCAGGAGACCAUCCGGCUUCUACGUCCCUCCCCCCAGAGAUGACUUCAGGCAGGGCACUGAGAACUCCCACGCCACCCUGGUGGACUCAAGGACAGGCUUGCUGCUGCAGUCUGCCUCUGAGAUGCAGAGGGGACACGUCGCAGCCACUAUCCCUCUUGUCUUGGAUGAGUUCAAGCAUGGCAUUGAAUAUUCCCAGUUUGAAAUAAAGGACGACAGACAGAAUGAAAUCAUGGAGCCAGUCCAUGACACUAUGGAAGAUGAGUUCAGCCAUAGUAUGGAGUACUCCCAUUUUAAAAUGAGGAACGAAAUCAUGGACCCAGCCAAGAAGACAGAGAAAGCUGUUUGGUUAAAGGAGACACUCCCUGUGGACGUGACGUGCUCCGGUGAAAUCAUUGAUGGCAGGUGUUACCAGUUCAACCCAACCCCUCUGACCUUCAGUGAGGCAGAGUCUUUCUGUCAGGACCUCUAUGCUGAUGGCCAUAUUGCUGCGGUGACCAGUGCUGACCUACACACACGCAUCGUCUCCAUGGCGAUGAUAGCCACUAAUGGCCCCGCCCUCACCUGGCUGGGAGGAGUCAAAAAGGGUCAGCGGUAUGAGUGGCUAGACGGCUCCGCUUGGGGCUACACUGACUGGAUGCCUGGCCAUCCCAAUCUGCAGAGAGGCAGGGUCACAUGUGUGGAGAUGUUCAGAAUGGAGGUGAGCUGGUGGACAUCUGUAGACUGCAAUCUGAAGAGGGCUUCCAUCUGCUCUUUCCCCAUGGCAGCAUGAGGGGCCACCCAGCAUCUCAAUGCUUUGGAUUCAUUGAUGUCAUGAUUUGGAUAAAAGUGAUACUACUCUGUAAUUCAAAAUAAAAACUUGAAAGGCC